UCCGGAGGAACGAUAUAAAGGGUCGUUAGGUUCUGAGGAUGACUGGCCGAGAGGACAAGUCCAAGCUGCCUGGUUAGGGCACCCUUUCGCCCGGCUCGACUCAGCUUAGGAUGGCAGCGAUGCGCUACAACUCGCAACUGUCUACGGAGGAGCUGCAUCAACGUGGAUCGCGACUGGGCUUCGGUCUUCAGCAUCAGUCACAACACUCGGAGAGAAUUCGUCACGAGGAAGUGAAGAGUGGCAUAUCGCGGGAUCAGGAAACAACCUCGUCGCUCAGCCCGAGUGGUGAAAGUGUUAUACGCGCGGAAGCAACGAACCAGGAGAGCUGCUUCGAGGAGAGCGAGGAGAGGGCUGACGGUGCGGUGCAUCACCGGGAAGAAGAUCUUGGAGAACGUGAGAAGAGAGUGAGUCUCGUUAACGUCGAGGAGAUGUUGAGAGCGGAGAUGAAUCGUUGCCGGGAGGAGGAAAGCUCCAAGAGCCGCUACGUCGGGGCGUCGUUGUCACCUGGUGAAAUGGAGAGAACGGAGCUCGUCUCGCGGCAAUCGCCGUUGAGGUCCAUCGGCAAAACGUCAUUUUGCAUCGACGCUCUUCUGGGAAGGCCAGUCGGUGGAUACGUCGGUAACAUUUCAAUCGGCAACGCGGCUCGGGGGAACGACGGCCCACGGGAGCGUCGGAUCCGCUCCGGUGAAGAAGUCCAUUUCAACGGUAAGUCGGUUGUUAAGCGUUUUGGAAGGGAGAGAAGGAAGCUGCAGCACGAGGACGAGGAGGACGAGGAUUUGACCAACUACGAGGAUGACGAAGACGAGGAGAACGAGGAAGGGACGGACUCCCGGGGCUUCCGGCGGCGAACCAAGGCCCUCUAUUACUCCGAGUCGGAGAGAACCUACCGCAGGUCUUACAGGGAGGAUGACCAAACCCAACAGCAUCGCUCUUACGAAAGCGAGGCUGGCGGUAAUCGUGUUCCCGGUGGUUUGUCAGACCCGAGAGUUUCGCCGCCGCCUCUGGGGCCGUGUCAGCCGAUCCAUCCUCAGACGCACCCCUCCCCGUCCACGUACCAACGCGAGGAGCUUCCUCACAUGAGGUAUCUCGGCGGACGCUACAGAAGCGAGGGAGAAACGCGAGGCUCGAGUAACCGCGACGACGAGGACGAUCCCGAGGGGAUGGUAGACGUUGACGUCGACGUCGACGUCGACGUCGACGUGGAGAUGGACGCGGGAGCUUUAGGACCGAGCGACGCGCGACGGAACUCCCGGAUGCUGGACAACGGCAGGGAAAUAAACAGCGCCAGUCCCGAGAGCAAUCAUCGGGGAAGCGCUAGUCCAGUUUCGAGUCCGCCGAUAUCACCAGGUUCGGAGGAUCAUCAACAUGCGAUGGGAAUCGGUUGCAACGGGAUGCCACCCGCUGCCGGCGGACCCAUGAGCGCGGCAACGACUACGGCGGUUUUGCGUCAAAAUCAGAGCCUGCUGCUCCACCCGGGAGCGGGAGCGGCUCUCAUGCACCCUGGAAGUUUGUACUACCACCCUGGUGCCGCAGGUGCAGGAGGUGCAGGCGGCGGUAGCGCCUUUCACUCGAUACACAAGGAAGGCCAAGGCGCCGGUGUCGGGCAUCCGCAACCAGGAGCAACCUCCGGUGUGCAUCCCCAGCAAGCCCAGCAACAGCAGCAUCACCACAUACAUCCGUUGCAGUUGGAAUGGUUAGCAAGAACGGGAAUGCUCUACCCAAGAUUGCCGGCUGAUUUGGCAGGUUGCGCAGCCCAGCACGCACUGCUUGGAAAAACAAGACGGCCGAGAACCGCUUUCACGUCUCAACAGCUGCUGGAGCUCGAGAAACAGUUUCGUCAAAACAAGUAUCUAAGCAGACCGAAGAGAUUCGAAGUGGCAACUUCGCUGAUGCUCACCGAAACUCAGGUGAAGAUCUGGUUCCAGAAUCGUCGGAUGAAAUGGAAGAGGAGUAAAAAGGCCCAACAGGAAGCGAGGAGUUCGGGGAGCGCGAAUGCCGCCAAGGGCGAAGACAGCGCCGGGGUUUCCGGAAGUCGACGGAGCACCGAACGGGAUCAGUCGAUGAUUGAAAACGAGACACGAGGAGGGGCCAGCAACCCGGCGAUCCUGAACGAGGAGUCCCGGGAUACUUCACAAAACGACAAUCCCAACAGGAGUAUGAACGAACUGCAGGAACCUCUCUAUCGCCCCUACGUCGUCUGAACGUUACUUCCGGCCGGAAAUAAUCCACCGUCGCGCCGGGACGUUGUAAAUAUUUAAAAACGGGUCGCGAGUCCGGGCACCCGGCCGCUCGAGGUCGGGGGAUGACGUCGGAAACUCAUCAACGCCGUCGACUCUGAAACUGUUUGUAAAUAUUAUGUUAGAUAUAUUGUAAUUGGAGCUCUUGUGUUAACUUAGAAAUUAAACAGUUACUACGAGACAUAGAGGUAUAUGAAAAACACCGU